AUGAACCGUUUCUCUUCAGAUUUUCCAGAUAUCCAGAGGGCACAACAACAGCAACACAUGAUGGAAUUCCCAGCCGCAAAAAUCUCAUCUUCAAAGCACAAAAACGAAAAUUCCAUGUUUCAGCCUCAAUCGUACCCACCACAGAACACCAUGUUUUGCAACCAAAACGCUGCUAAUUUUAGCUUCGAUUUGAACAAUGAAGACGAUGAAGAGCUCGACGAGAAAGAAAGAGAAGGCCAAUUAUACCAUGAACAUGAAAUUUCUAAAGAACCCUUGUUCGAAAAACCAUUGACUCCAAGUGAUGUGGGCAAGCUGAACCGUCUUGUUAUCCCUAAACAACACGCAGAAAAAUACUUUCCGUUAAACGGUGGUGAUUCGGGUGAAAAGGGGAUGAUUCUAAGCUUCGAGGACGAGCUUGGAAAAUCAUGGAGAUUUCGGUUUUCUUAUUGGAACAGUAGCCAAAGCUAUGUGCUCACAAAAGGAUGGAGCCGUUUCGUUAAGGAAAAAAGACUUGAUGCUGGCGAUAUUGUUCAUUUCCAGCGCCAUAGGACUGACUCUGGCAGAGUUUUCAUCGGUUGGAGGCGGAGGAAUGGCGGCGCAGUUCAAGAUAGUGGUGUUGCUCAGCCACCUACGGUGUCUGCUGGUGGUGGUCAUGGUGGGUGGACCAGGGUAUGCAACUCUGGAUAUCCUUAUCCAUCACACCCUCAAGGGCCUUCUCUCCCAUUCCUACCUAACCGUCAUGCAGGAUCUAGAAUACAGAACCAAACAACAGUACCAAGUGGGAACUCGAGGAAAUUAAGGUUGUUUGGGGUGAAUUUGGAGUUUGAAUCUGAGCCAUCAACACCUGAGGAUGGUAACGAUGGUUCAUCGAUUUCGAGCCAGGGUCAAGCCCCUCAGUACCAAUUUCAUCCGUGUAAUUACUCCAAUCACAAUCACAAUCACAUGGAUAUAGAUUCUUCAGGAGAUAUCAACCAAUAA